AUGUUUCAUCAAAUCAUUGUUCAAAAGGAAGAUCGUCAAUCACAAAGAUUCCUAUGGCGGACCGAUCCGGAAUCUCCCCCAGAAGUAUACGUCAUGGACGUGGCUACGUUUGGAGCUACCUGCUCGCCAUGUUCAACCCAAUACAUUAAAAAUACAAACGCAUUAGACUAUUCUGAACGGUAUCCCGAUGCAGCCUUGGCCAUUGUGGAGAACACUUACGUGGACGAUUACCUUGAUAGUAGAGACACAAUUGAAGAAGCACUCAAUUUGGCGAUGGAUAUUCGUCUAAUACACAGUAAGGCUGGCUUCGAGAUUCGGAAUUGGCAAUCAAAUUCUGAGCAGAUUCUCGCACGGGUUGGGGAAAAGGCUUCCCAUGCUACGAAGAGCUUUUUGGCGGAGAAAACGGCAAUAGCUGAACGCAUACUGGGGAUGGUGUGGAUUCCAAACGAAGAUGUCUUCGCUUUCACCGCACAAUUUCGACCUGAUUUACAACCUCUGUUGAGUGGCGCAAUUAUUCCAACGAAGCGACAGGUCUUGCAAGUUGUCAUGAGCUUGUUUGAUCCUCUCGGCAUUGUCUCUACAUUUACGGUCCACGGAAAAAUACUCAUUCAGGACGUGUGGCGAUCAGGAGUUGGUUGGGGUGAUUCCAUUAUUAAUGAAGAUUUUUCAAACUGGCAGCGUUGGGUCAAAAGGACGUCAGAGUUAGACUUGGUGAAAAUUCCAAGGUGCUAUUUUCCAAACUACAGACAACAAAGCUACGAGACAUUGGAAUUACACGUAUUUGUAGAUGCCAGUGAAAAAGCAUGUUGCGCUGUUGCAUAUUUCCGAAUUAUUGACAGUGAAUCGCCAAGGUAUGUGUUGGUUGCCUCAAAAACAAAGGUAACGCCAUUAAGACCUCAGUCCAUCCCUAGAAAUGAGCUUAAUGCCGCCGUUAUUGGUGUACGACUAAUGAAGUCAGUUGAGAAAAAUCAUAGUUUGCCCAUUCAAAAGCGAUUCAUCUGGACUGAUUCCAUGACUGUUUUGUCGUGGUUGAAAGCGGACCCUCGGAAAUAUCGCCAAUAUGUAGCUUUCAGAGUUUCGGAAAUACUCGCCGAAACCAAAAUUGAAGAAUGGCGCUGUGUUCCGACCAGGAUGAAUAUCGCUGACGAAGCAACAAAGUGGGGUGGUGGGCCAAACUUUGAUGUCCGAAGCUGUUGGUUCCUGGGACCUGACUUCUUGUAUCUACCAGAGACAGAAAGGCCUGUAAGAAAGAUAGCACCAGACCCUCCGUCAGAGGAACUACGUGUCGUGCACGUGCAUCAAUCGAUCAUCGACUUUUCUCAAUUCUCUCGUUUGGAAGAUCUCCUGAAAAAACUUGCAUAUCUGCAUCACUUCUGCAAUAAUUGUCUUUCGAGAGAAAAGAUUUCAACAAAAACGCGGACGGUGUUACUAACCCAGCUAGAUUACAGCAGAGCGGAGAAAAGUUUGUGGCGGAUGGUGCAAGCUGAAGAGUAUGCAGCAGAAAUCGCAAUACUGCAAGCAAAUACGUCACUUCCGAUAUCCCAGCGUAAACGUUUAGAUAACUCUAGCCAGCUGAAAAAGCUCUCUCCAUUUCUCGAUGAAGACGGUAUUAUUCGUUUGGAAAGCCGAAUAGACCCGGAUGCCUCUUAUUACUGCUUCGAUUUCCGCAAUCCAGUAAUUCUACCCAGAAAAAGUUAUGUGACGGAAUUACUCAUCUUUCGAUUCCAUCAACGCUACGGACAUGCUAAUAAGUACACGGUUAUAAAUGAAAUGUUGCAGCGUUACUAUGUUCCUAAGCUACGAUCAAUGGUUGACAAAGUGAUCAAACACUGUACCUGGUGCCGUGUCUACCGAGCUAAACCAAGUGAACCAAAAAUGGCACCACUACCACAGGCUCGAGUUCAUCCAUAUGUACGUCCGUUUACAUUCACUGGGUUGGACUACUUUGGACCAAUGGUGGUAAAAAGAGGCAGAUCCAAUUUGAGACGUUGGGUGGCGCUGUUCACCUGCUUGACUAUACGAGCUGUUCAUUUGGAGGUGGUUCAUUCUUUAACUACGGAGUCAUGCAGGUUGGCAAUACGACGAUUUGUGGCGAGAAGAGGUGCUCCCCAACAGAUCUUCAGUGACAACGGCACAAAUUUUCGAGGUGCUGCGAAAGAGUUGGCAGAUGAGACCAAAAAUAUCAACCGCUCUAUAGCCACGGCAAUCACUAAUGCUGAAAUAGCGUGGCAUUUCAACCCCCCGUCCGCCCCACACAUGGGUGGCGUUUGGGAGAGAAAGGUUCGUUCUGUUAAAGAGGCCUUCAAAGUAUUGUCAAAUCGAGACAAACUAGACGAUGAAUCACUCGUGACGCUUCUCGCCGAGGCAGAGAUUAUGGUCAACUCCCAUCCUCUUACAUUUGUACCGUUAGAAACACCAGAACAAAAGGUUCUAACUCCAAAUGACUUCCUUCUUAUGAGCUCAAGUGAAGCAAAUAACUCAGAACGCAUUCCAGUUCAUGAGGAAGUAUCACUACGAACAAACUGGAAGUUGAUGCAACAUUUACUCGACCAAUUUUGGAAGCGCUGGAUUCAAGCUUAUCUCCCUACGAUAGCAAGAAGAACUAAAUGGUUUGCCGAGGUUUGGCCGUUGCAAGAUGACGAUCUCAUAGUCGUAGUCGACGAAUCCGUGCGGAAUGGGUGGCUUCGAGGUCGCGUGAUCAAGACUUACCCAAGUCCGGACGGCCAGAUGCGCAAGGUUGACGUCCAAACAAACAAUGGGAUAUUGCAACGACCAGCGAUCAAGGUGGCUCUCCUGGACGUACUAGAUGUUAGGAAGACCAAUUAA